AUGGUCCCGAGCCAGAGCUUCCUCGAACCUUCUGGACUGACACGUUCCUAUGGAAAAAGCACCGGAGCUCCUUCCAACCAGAGCCUGGACCCUUUCCAUACCUGUGACCGGGAGCUGCUAGAGGCAUGGCCUUUCCUUCCCCGGGGAAGGCCGCUGCCUGCCCGGCGUCGUGUGGCUGGGCAGUGGGUGCUGUCCCCUGUCGGCAGCUGCCCGCACUGUCCCCCGGGCCUGGACCUGAGACACCCCUCGGGGCUCAGCCCCUCGCGGCUGCCCGGCUCCUUCCACCGUUGUGGGGAAGUCACCUUUUCCAGCCGGCCAGGGCUGCCGGCCAGGGAGGGUCAGGGUGACCUGAGCGAUACACUGAUGGGAAGAGAAAUGCAAGAGUCAGAGGCGAAUGAACGUCGCGAAGCGAUUGCCCGCGCGCUCACCCCGUCCCCGGGACCGGGGGCUUCUCCGCCGCCGCCCCGCCCGCGCCCGGGUCUCCCGCGGCUGCUGCCCGCCGGCCGGCCGCCCCUCCUCCCCAGUGGCUCCUGCUUCCCGGAGAGACGGACGGACCGGGCGGGCAGAGGGGAUCUGGGGGCUCCGGGGCGCCGCUCCUCGCACACGCCUGCCUGCCGGCCGGCCCCGGACGCAGACGAGGCUGUGACGCGGCCGCCGGCCCCCGGGCUGGGUGCAUCGUCGCGCGGCCGCUUCCCCCCGGCCGGGCCCCGCCGUCCCGCGGCCGCCGAGCGCCAGGCCCCCGGGGGGAGGCUGCGAGGGAGGCAGCAGGCCCGGCGGGCGCCAGCGGAGCUCGGCGGGACCCACGGAGCCCCGCGGCCCGCCGAGCCUGGAGCCGGGCCGGGCCGGGGCAGCCGCCUCCAGCCCCGAGCAAACUUGGCCGCCGGGCGGGGGGCGGCGGGGACCCGCCCCGCGCCCGCCCCGGCCCCGGCCCCGGCCCCGGCCCCGCCGCAGUUCCCGCAGUUCCACGUCAAGUCGAGCCUGCAGAUCAAGAAGAACGCCAUCAUCGACGACUACAAGGUCACCACCCAGGUGCUGGGGCUGGGCAUCAACGGCAAAGUCCUGCAGAUCUUCAACAAGAGGACCCAGGAGAAGUUCGCCCUCAAGAUGCUUCAGGACUGCCCCAAGGCCCGCCGGGAGGUGGAGCUGCACUGGCGGGCCUCGCAGUGCCCCCACAUCGUGCGCAUCGUGGAUGUCUACGAGAACCUGUACGCGGGGAGGAAGUGCCUGCUCAUUGUCAUGGAGUGUCUGGAUGGUGGAGAACUCUUCAGCCGGAUCCAGGACCGGGGAGACCAAGCGUUCACGGAAAGAGAAGCGUCAGAAAUCAUGAAGAGCAUCGGCGAGGCCAUCCAGUACCUGCACUCGAUCAACAUCGCUCACCGGGAUGUCAAGCCUGAGAAUCUCCUGUACACCUCCAAAAGGCCCAAUGCCAUCCUGAAACUCACAGAUUUCGGCUUUGCCAAGGAAACCACCAGCCACAACUCUCUGACCACUCCCUGUUACACGCCGUACUAUGUGGCUCCAGAAGUGCUGGGUCCCGAGAAGUAUGACAAGUCCUGUGACAUGUGGUCCUUGGGUGUCAUCAUGUACAUCCUGCUGUGUGGGUAUCCCCCCUUCUACUCCAACCAUGGUCUCGCCAUCUCUCCGGGCAUGAAGACUCGCAUCCGAAUGGGCCAGUAUGAAUUUCCCAACCCAGAGUGGUCGGAGGUAUCAGAGGAAGUGAAGAUGCUCAUCCGGAACCUGCUGAAAACAGAGCCCACUCAGAGGAUGACCAUCACGGAAUUCAUGAACCACCCCUGGAUCAUGCAAUCAACAAAGGUCCCUCAAACCCCACUGCACACCAGCCGGGUCCUGAAGGAGGACAAGGAGCGGUGGGAGGAUGUCAAGGAGGAGAUGACCAGUGCCUUGGCCACAAUGCGUGUCGACUACGAGCAGAUCAAGAUAAAAAAGAUCGAAGAUGCGUCCAACCCUCUCCUUCUGAAGAGGCGGAAGAAAGCUCGGGCCCUGGAGGCCGCGGCCCUCGCUCACUGAGCCGCUGAGCCCGUCCCGCUCCACUGGCGGACAAGCAAUAACUCUCGACCUGAAUAUAUUUUUUAAACGAAGAGACCCAGGACUGCCCGCUUCACCUCCCUCCUGGGCGGCGUGGAGCCCAGAGCCCGUCCGAGGCCGCAUCCCGCCUGUGGUUCCCACCACCUCGGAGAGGGACAGGCUGGGAGGCUGCGGGCGGUGCGGAGAGAAGGGAGCAAGACGCUCUGGAACCUGUGCUCAUUUUGCAAUUUUAUCAGUAAUUUGACUUGGAAUUUUUAUGAAACUUCUUUUAUUGUUCUUUCCCCCACUCGGCCUCCUCUUGCCCAGACCCGUUCCUCUCUGGAUGUGUAAGGGCUUGGGGUUGGUUCGGGGGUGUUUGUGGCAACUGUCCGAGGGAGCGUCCCUGCGUCCACCUGCCCUCUCCUGCCCCACCCCGGCCGGGGGCCCCUGCGACUGAGGCAUUCCAGGAGCUCGGGGCCCUGCGGGGCCGGGGCCAGGAUGCCACCCGCCUCCGCGGGAGCCCUCAGACCUCACCGAUGUGCCAGACGGAUAGAGGCGAGUGUGAUUGUGUGUGUGUGUGUGCGCGUGUGCCCGGAUCUGUGUCUGGGACUGUGCAUGUUCAUGGGGCCAGGGGCAGGCAGGGCUGCAGAGGGAGGGCCCCUGCUGUGGCUCAAGAACCUCACCCCUCCUUGGGCCUGCCGUGCCUGCGUCAGGUCUGCCAAAGUGCCUGAGAAGCCUGCCCCGACUCAGCCCGGCCCCGCAGCCUGCCCGGUGGUUCUGGGAGGCAGAGAGGAGCCACCUGGGCUCCGGCCCAGCGGUCGGGAAGGCUGGACCACCCUCACCCCCACCCGUGGGCGCCUGUGCAGCGCUGGUCCUAGUCCUCCGAGGCGCUUCCCUACCCAGUAGCCUCUCUCCCCCUUCCUGCCAUGAUUAACCCGUUUUUGAUGAUUUUUCCUAUAUUUUGAGCCACUUCUCAACGGGCCUCCUCUCUGCGGGCCUCCUCUCUGCUCGUAUGGGGGGAGCCUGGGCUGUUUAGAAGUGACUCGGAGCUUCUGCAUUUUGCCGCCUCUCCUGGGCCCUGGGGGGUACUGGCCGGCUCCCCGUCGAGGGCAGAGGCGACACCCCUUGGGUGGCCCCGUGGGUGGGUGGGGGAGUCUUCACACCAAAGAUGUCCCGACUCUGCCCCCGCCUCCGUUAGCCACUUCACCUCCACCCCCAAGCAACUCAGCCUUGUGUGUCCAGGCCAGUGAGGGGGGGGCGGGAAGGGCCCUCCCCCGGGUACUAGUGAGCAGCGUGGGGGGAGGUCUCCGGGCCAGGGGUGGGCACUGAUUCUCCAGCUCUCGUCUCCCUCGGGGCCGAGUUGCUGGAGGAGCACCCCGGAUCUUCUCCGGAUGUGGGCAAGGGCUCCGAGGGCCCCCAGUGCCUCCCGGUCCCUGACGGCGUGGCCAGCACUCAGAUUGUUGUAAACUGUUGUUUUGUAUGAGCGAAACUGUCUUUACUAAACGGAUUUAAUAGUUGAAAGGUU